CAGCCUAGUCACUGCCUUGUUACAGUACACCCAGUCUCGGGAGGUUUGGAUUUGCGUGAGUGGGGCUGGAUCUCGCUCAGUGCGGUGAACGAGCUCGGCAGAGCGGCUGUGCGGAAGUUCUUUCAUCCGUGCUGCAGAAGGGGCUUGCUUCGCCCUCGCGAUUAUUCUCGUCACAAGUUUAUGGUUGGAUAAAAGCGAUUCAGGUGGAACUUCUGGACAGUACACCCCAACUUGAGUUUUACUACAUCCACAGUCUGCUCCAUUUAUUGUCGGGUGAUGGCGAGGCCGAGCCACAGCGAGCAUGUGCUGCAGCAGCUCAACAACCAACGGGAGUGGGGCUUCCUGUGCGACUGCUGUAUUGCCAUUGGCGACAUCUACUUCAGGGCCCACAAGGCAGUGCUGGCUGCGUGCAGCUCUUACUUCCGCAUGAUGUUCAUCCGGGACCAGCAGGGGACAGCUCGCAUGGAUCUCAGCAACAUGCAGAUCAGUGCAGAGUGCUUCGACCUCAUCCUGCAGCUCAUGUACCUUGGCUGCAUCGUGGUGGGCAGCUACGAGUUUGAGGAGCUCAAGGUCUCAAUGGCCUACCUGCAGAUGUACUACAUCCCAGACACCCUAGAGGACCUCAGGGACAUCAGGAACACCUCCAACCUCACACCGUCCUCCUCUGCCUCCUCCUCUUCCUCCACCACCUCAUCCAGCUCCUCCUCCUCCAUUGGCCCGGCAAUUGCAGGAAAAAUGAUGUUUGGAGUCCGCAUGUACGAGCAGCAGAAGCCAAGCACCCCAGAGGGGGAGCCCAAAAGUUUGCCCAAAGUUGCCAUCACUGCUGUGCCUGUGCGACCAAGCAUUCCUGUCCAAGUCAACAGGCCUCCACUUGUGGUGGAGGAUGUGGCUUCCCCUUUGGUAGUAGUUGCACCACCGUUUCUAGACAGUGUGGCUGAGCAGCCUUGUGACCUGCGCAAGAGGCCUGGUGGCCGGAGUGCCACACUGAAAGAGCGCCCCCGCUUCGGGCGCACAUACACCUGCGAUGACUGUGGCUUUGUCUUUAGCUGCGAGAAGUUGCUGAUCGAGCACAUCCUCACCUGCACCAAUCGUAAGGCCUUUCAGGUCCCCAGGACCAGCUCCGAGGCAGACAACGACUCCAGCAAGGUGGAGAGCUCGGCCUCUGAGGGGAUGGAGGAGCACAGGGUGGUCUGCAAGGGUGAAGAGGAUUGGCCGGACCACAAGUCAGACGCUGACACAGUGAUCAGGUCCAUGACAGUUGGUACGGAUAACGAGCCUGGUUCUGCUAGGAAUAUCACCAUCAAGGUGGAGCUGGAAGAAAGCGUGGUGUCCGAGAUGGAUGGCAUUAAGGUAGUUCAGGUGGGAGAGAUCAGUGCGAGGCACGGUGCAGUCAGCGACACUAUGAGGGAACCGAUUAAAUUUAACCGGGAGGCCGAGGCUUGUGUUUCAGUCAUGGACGACAGCAACGAGCCAUUCGAAGGGCACAUGUCCAGCAACAAGGAUUCUGGCAUACCUGUUAAGAUGCGCAAGAUUAAAGAGGAGAAGCAGGACGGGGACAGUGCACCGUGUGAGCUGUGCGGGGAACUGCUCACAAAGGAGGACCAGUCAGCUCACUACAUCUCCAGCCACAUGGGCCACAUCUGUGCCUGCGGGAGGUGUGGCCAGGUCCUAAUCAAGGGGAGGCAACUGCAGGAGCACGCUGAGCGUUGUGGCGAACCUCAGGGUGCGGACACCGACUCCCACGGGGAGGAGGCAGACUCACCCCUGCCCGAGGACCCGCAGGCCAUGGACGAUGGGCUGCUGGAGGGGGGUGACCUGGCCUGCCCCCAGUGUGGCUUGCUUUUCCAGAGUGAGAGCCUAGCAUUGGAGCAUGCUCUGGCCUGCCACGAGCAGGAGCUGUUCCGCCCCGCUCUGCUGGAGGAUGGCGGCGUCGAACCGGACCACCGGCGCAAGCACUUCUGCGCCAUCUGUGGCAAGGGCUUCUACCAGCGCUGCCACCUGCGGGAGCACUACACCGUCCACACCAAGGAGAAGCAGUUCACCUGCCAGACGUGCGGCAAGCAGUUCCUGCGUGAGCGGCAGCUUCGGCUGCACACCGACAUGCACAAGGGUAUGGCGCGCUACGUCUGCCCCGUGUGCGACCAGGGAACCUUCCUCAAACACGACCAUGUGCGCCACAUGAUCUCGCACCUGUCGGCCGGCGAGACCAUCUGCCAGGUGUGCUUCCAGAUCUUUCCCAGCGGAGAGCACCUGGAGAAGCACAUGGACGUGCACCUGUACAUCUGUGGCGUCUGCGGGGAGAAGUUUCGCCUUCGCAAGGACAUGCGGAGCCACUACAACUCCAAGCACACCAAAAGACUGUGUCCUGCCUGAAUUUUAUGCAUCUAUUACUUAAAAGCCAUAAAUGUGAGAACAAAUUUAUGCACUUGAACACCAAAAAAAGAAAACCUAUAAAAUCUGCACUUUCAAAUUUGUAUGAAUAAUCAAAGUGUGUUAUUGCCUCAAAUUUUGGCCAUUUUGUCAUUAGUUUCACACCCCUGUACUAAACACACAUUACUGCCAUUUGUUGACAGUGCCACAGUACACAAAUCCUUGGCUCAUCUUUUAAGGCUUUUGGAAUCUGGUGUUUCUCAGCAAACAGCCUAUGCAAUACACAGUUCAUGGAAGGAAGUGGAUUCAACUUAAGUUCCUUGCAAAGAGGUGUGUUUUGAUUGUAAUAUGAAUCCACACUUCAAUAUAGUCUUUGUGAGUAGUUACUGUACAUAGCACUUGUGCAUUUACAAUGAAGAAUGGCCUUGCCUUUGCUUUGGCAGUGCCGUGCUCUUGCUUUACAGGUGUGCAUGAGAGUGGCAUUGCAUUCUGAACACUGUCUGCCAGUCUUUGCCACUUUGCAACGCUCACUUCUUUGUCAUUUCAAUGUAAAGCAUUAGGGACAUGGACAAGCAUAACUGAAUAUCUCAACAAAUUGACUUAUCUGGCUCCUUGUAUUUUAAAAUGAUGCUACGAAAUGGAAAGAGAGCAUUGUUUGUUUAGCCCAAUCAUAACAUAGGCUGCAUCACGGUUUUCCAAAAUUCUGUCUCAGACAGGCUCAGAAAUUCCUGUCUUUAAAGGCCCAGUGCAGUCAAAAACGUGAUUUCCCUGUGUUUUAUAUAUAUUGCCACACUAUGAGGUUGGAAUAAUACUGUGAAAUUGUGAAAAUUAUUAUAUAAUGCCCUUUUAAUGUAAGAGCCCACAGGGACCCGCACAAAAAAAGUACAAAAAUGUAUGCACUCACUACUGUAAGUCGCUCUGGUUAAGAGCAUCUGCUAAAUGACUCAAAUGUAAAAGACUGGUUUUGGUGGGGUGGAGUUUUGGCCUGCCGGGUGUCAUCACA